AUGUUCGACGAGCUUCUCUCAGCCCAUCCGCCUUUCUCGCUUCCCCGAACGAAUUCUGCUCAGCCCCCUCGCUACCCCGUCUUGAUGAUGAGGUUCUCACUCUGCUUCAGCACGCUGGUCGUGCUCCUCUGCGUCGUACUCGUCAUCUUCCCGGACGGAUGCCAGGCUCUCAACCACCAUGAUCGCAUCCGGAAGGUCAGGUCUUCCGGCGGCUUGCACCGGCGCGAUCUCUCCACCGGAGCCGAUAACGGCGGUCAGCCCGGAUCGACCUCGUCUGAUGGCACAGCAGCUAGUACCCAGCCCGGCGAUGCGGGGUCUCAGAUGGGUGGCAAGACCAAGAAGGUCAAGAAUGGCGCUUCUUCUGACCAGUCCUCGACCUCGGCUUCGACUUCGAGCUCGACCUCGCCCUCGACCGCCGGCAAGAAGAUCUGCAGCAUUGCCGACCAUGGCGCCAACUCGAAUGCCGACAUCGGGCCGGCGCUCCAGGCGGCCUUCUCGCAGUGCGUCCUCCCGAACGGCAACGGAGCCAACACUGUCCUGGCAAUCCCACAGGGCGACUGGAUCCUCCGCAGCCACGUUGUGCUCCGCGGCGGAAACGACUUUGUGGUGCAGUGGGACGGCGUUGUCACCCUGCCGCACGACGAGAGCCUUGGCAUCGGUCCCAUGAUCCAAUUCUUGGGCUGCCAACGCAUCCUGGUCACCGGGUCGGGCAAGUUUGUCGGUGGCGGCGUCAACUGGCGCGCCAAGGGCCUUUCGCUCAACCGACCCAACCUGAUCAACUUCUACAGGUGCAAGGACAGCGAGAUCACGGGUAUCCACCUCGAUGAUGCUCCCAUGUUCUUCCUGGGCCUCUCCGUGUCGAGCGGCAUGAAGGUGCACGACAUGCUUUUCACCUCGCCGCCGCCAUACAUGGGCUCCACGGACGCCAUCGACGUGCAGUGCGCCAACUGCCAGAUCUACAACCUCGACAUCACCAACGGCGACGACUCGGUCGUGAUGAAAACCCCCUCCUCGAACGUCGAGGUGCGCAACAUUACCAUCCAACAGGGUUACGGCAUCGGCAUCGGCACCGCGGGAAAGAACGGCGUCUUUGACAUCUCCAACAUCCACGCAUCCGACAUCCGCCUCAUCAACGCCAAGGCGGGCCUGUACGUCAAGAGCUACCCCAGCGCCUCGGGCGUGAUCCGCAACGUGACCAUGGAGAACGUCACGCUCAAGAACGUCGCCAAGCCCAUCGCCAUCGACCCCUUCUGGCAGGGCGGAUCGAUGGACACGCCCGAUGCGUCGAACAAAGCGAGCACGCUCGUCAUCCGAGACUUUACCCUCAAGGACUGGGACGGCACCGGCGACAGCACCACCCGUCCCGUCAUCUUUCUCAAUGGGUCGCCCGCUGCGCCCAUGCAGAACAUGGUGUUUGAGGAUGUCCAUCUGACCAAGGAGGGCGGCCGACAGCCCAGCAUCGUCACCAAGAACGCUUGCGGAUCCGGCCUCCCCCAGAUUCAGAGCUGCGGAUCCGGUUCGGGAACUGGCGGAGGGAGCGGAUCAGGAGGUGGCGGAGGGAGCGGAUCAGGAGGUGACGGAGGGAGCGGUUCGAAGAACUGA